AUCGAGCCAUCAGCUGUCAUCUACUGUCAAACAAAUAAAUCCGUUCGGGUGUGGUAGGUACUCGUAAAGAAAUUUUGAUUCAAGAUUAACAGCAAAUGAAGAAUUAAAAUUAACAAUAUAUCUGUUAAUUUCAAUUUGUUAACAUGAGAAGAUACUAUAUUUUUGGAACCGCAACAAUAAUAUUGUCAAUAUCGCUUGUCAAAGUCUUUGGCUUAGAAUGCUAUGUGUGCGAAAAUCAAGAGGAUAAUGAUGAAAAAUGCGUUAAAACAAUCAAGACUUGUGACUUCAGCCAAGAUGUUUGUUUGACUGAAAUCAAAUGGGGUAGCACCCCAUAUUGGUCGCAGGGAGCGCAGAAACAGUACUAUGUAUCGAAGCGCUGUUCUAAUAAAACAGAAUGUGCGAUGACGAGGCAGCGCAAUAUGCCAUUAUGUACUCACAUUUGGUAUCAAGAUUGGGUGUGCUCUGACUGUUGCCAAGGCGAUAGAUGCAACUAUUAUAUCAUUUUGUGCCACUGCUUUUAUAAUCCAACCGAUAGCGGUGCGGUUCAAAUUACGCAGAGUAAUUUGGAUAUGGUGUUAGCUUCCAAUGAGGUUGUGUUCAUUAAUUUCUAUGCUGAGUGGUGUAGAUUUAGCAAUAUGCUAAUGCCCAUUUGGGAUGAUGCAGCAGAUGAGAUCUCAAAAGCCGGGUAUGAUACUGGUAAAGUGGUCAUAGGCAAAGUAGACUGUGACAAAGAAGGGGCAAUAGCUACUAGGUUCCAUAUAACUAAAUAUCCUACUUUGAAGCUCUUCCUUAAUGGUUUGCCAGCGAAAAAAGAAUAUAGAGGACAGCGCUCAGUAGAAGCAUUCUCGGAGUUUGUCAAGAAGCAGUUGACUGAUCCAGUAGUCCAAUUUACCAGUCUUAAGGAACUGCAUGAUUUGGCUGAGGACAAGAGGCAUAUCAUUGGUUAUUUGGAUAGAAGAGAUCAACCGGAGUACCAGAUACUCAGAAGGGUUGCAGGCAGUCUUAAAGAUGAGUGCAUCUUCCAUGCUGGAUUUGGGGAUGCUUCCAUACAGAUGCACCCACCAGGCCAACCAGUGAUAGUGUUUAGAACUGACAAGAAAACAUCAACAGAGCCUGAUGAGACCUACACUGGCUCUUUGACCAACUUUGAUGAAUUGUACGAGUGGGUACAAGAAAAAUGUAUUCCGCUUGUCCGUGAGAUCACGUUUGAAAAUGCAGAAGAAUUGACUGAGGAAGGAUUGCCGUUCCUAAUUCUUUUUCAUAACCCUUCUGAUAAUGAGAGUGUUAAGAAGUACAAAGAAGUUAUCAGUAGGGAAUUGCAACCAGAAAAACAGAAUGUGAACUUCCUGACUGCCGAUGGCAUAAAGUUCGAACAUCCUCUUCAUCACCUAGGCAAGUCGAUCUCUGACCUGCCACUGAUCGCCAUCGAUUCCUUCCGGCACAUGUACCUCUUUUCCGACUACAGCGAUAUGGAAAAGCCAGGCAAACUCAAACAGUUUCUGCAAGAUUUGUAUUCGGGAAAGUUACACAGAGAGUUUCACUAUGGUCCGGAUCCAGUGCACAACGCGAACACAGAAGAUAAUGUGAAGGUCACAACACCCCCAGAGUCUUCUUUCAAAAAAUUAGCUCCUUCCAAAAACAGAUACACUCUACUUAGAGAUGAAUUAUAAAAAUGUUGCUUCUAGCCAAACAAUUUAGUAUAAGAUAAAAACUUGCACUUUAAAUUAACUUAAAAAAGAAAUACCACUAAGUUUCCACAUUUUUUUUAUUUCAAAAUAUUAGUUUCUAUCUAUAUUUCUUUUGUUUGUAUAAUGCUAAUUAUUUUAGAGUUUAUAUCGAGAGAAUGGCGAACAAAAAUCGCUAUACAUACAGUUACAAUGGUAACUCACUGUGAGCAUAUUUUAUUGGAGCGAACCUCCAGUAAUAAUAAAGUUUGACUGUCUAAUUCUAAUAAAAUGUCUUGUGGCCCUGACUUAGGGUAUUAUUUCCAUUACUAUGAUAUAUAAGUAUUAUGCAGAAAUAUAGAACCUAUAUUUUUCCAUUUCGCCAUUAUUUUGUAUGAAUUCGGUAUUGUUUCUAUCAUUUCACCUUUACAUAAUAACUUAAAAAAUAGUAGUUCCUUUUAUAAUAAAUUGUCAAGGCUGCGACGACGACGAAGAUAAGGGUAAUUUUCAGGUCAGUUUACCU